AUGUUGGCGGCACGGUGGGUUGAACACUAUGUAAUGCUGUCUAAUGUGCGGGAUGCAUCAGUGCGACUCCCCCCUACGAGGUAUCAUGUGAGGUUCGAUGCGAUCGCUGCUGCAAGCCUCAUGGUCUGCAGGCCCAGAGGCAGUUGGACGUUGAAGGUCCGCUCUCGGGCAUGGAGCACUGCAACGUGGCGCUCUGCGGCUUGUAGCGGUUGGCGCGAGAUCAACCGUGGGCGCCUAGGUCAGGAAGUGGAAGGUUGGCCUUGCUCAGCUGCUGCCAAGCGUCAAAGUGGCCACCCAAAGGUGGCCAACCAGGAGCUACGCAAGGUGCUGGCAGGAGCUGGUAUGGAUUCGACAAGCGUUUCUGGCGAGACUCAGGUUAAACGCAGCUCUGGAGACCUCGAGCUGCGUUUGGCAAGGGCGCGAGGUUUGCUGCGAGCGGCUUUGGUGCGGGAGGAUGCCUUGUUCGCUGAUGAGGCGCUGGGCGUUCUGGGUCGGCUACAGCAUCACCGUGGCUUGAAGCUCUCAGAGGCCGAACUUGAAAGUUUCGCGAAGCCGUUGUUGCAGCGUGCGUUGCGAUGGCACUGCCCCACUGACGAUGAGGCGGCCGAGGAACUGGCUUCAUUAAGGAGGUCUUCAACUGGACCGAAGAUGGCUUCGGACCGAUCUCCCUUGUCUUUGCUUGCGACUGAGCUGAUUCCGCAGUGGCUGGAGGAAGCAACGGAAGCAACGCAGACUCCGAGAGAAGACCGGCUCAGGAUGGCUGCUGACUCCUGGUCUCUGGUGGACCAGGGCGGAUCGGUGGACGUGGAGGGGACUGUGCUGAUGCUGUCCGUGUUUGUGGAAAUCUGCGACGAAAGUCGCCUUCGACAAACCUUGGACACAUUGCUUGAUGCAGGCGUGGACCUUCGCCUUGCCUUGCAGCCGGCCUUUCUCCGACGAUUGGAGGAUUUGGGGCUUGUUCAACAAAGCCCGCCGAACCGGUUAGCGGACCUUGUUCAACAUGCUGCUUGCCUGGCCACACGCGGCGAGGCUGGCGGAGUCUUCUUUCGCCGACAUGGUGCUUUGCUGCUUGAUAGGGGCAGAGGUGAGCCGCAAAUCCUGGCAAGGGGCUUCAACCACUUUGCCUUGCCACUUGGACCACGUGGCCCUGAUCCGCAGUCUGGCGGAAAGUGCCGGACUUUUGAAAGCUUUGAAGAGGCACGUUCCGCAGGGCUUUCCUGGAAGCGAAGCAAACCUCGCACGGCACAGCGCCAUGCCGAGGUCCACUGCCUCUUGCAAGUGCCGGAACUGCUGUCCUUGUCAUCACGCAAGGCUGAGAUGCUGAUAGUGGAAUUGGCUGAUAUUGGGCCUGGCUUCAACUGGGCCGAACCCUGCUCAAGAGGAUGUAUGCAACUGCUGAUGAAGUACGGAGUUCAGAAGGCCACCUGGACCGAUGGCAGGGGCAGCAUCACAUCUCGCCCGCUGCGCCACGAGUCAGACCUGGAUGUUGCCGCAAAGACUUAUGCUGGCACUUCCAGGUUAUCUUGCGACGCAAUCUCAGAGCGAGCAUGCGUUGACAUUGACGAGAAACUGCAGCAAGAGGGGAAGGGCCUGCCUCCUUUGGGAUUGGAAGAGCUUGUGGAGCAGGGUGCCCAGGCAGCUGAAGAAGCUCGGAGGCGAGAGCCGCUACGACUCCGCGGGCAAGUGUUCCCACUGCCACCCCGCAAGCGCAACACCGAGUACUCAGCCAAUGGCCUAGCAGAUGCCAUGAAUGCCACGCGUGUGCGAAGUGUUUCGAUUUGUGAUGCGAUGCAUAUGUACGUGUCCUGUGCUGUUUCUCGGUUGAUGAGGACAGAGGCACCUGCCUUGCCUUUGGACUUGUUCUUACGGCGAUACUUCCAGGCACACAAGUUUCUGGACGAUAAAGAUCGCGCGUGGAUUGCAGACAAAACCUACGAGAUGCAGAGGUGGCGAGGCCUCAUUGACCACUUGACCCCGCAACCCCACAACUGGGUCAAUCGAAUGCGCACGUUUUUCAUGGGCGACCGAUGGCGAGCGCAGUCCCAAAACAAGAAGCUUCCUCAUCAUGUACGGUGCUCUUUUCCGUCCGAGCUGUUUAAGCGAUUGGAGGACAACGUCGGCACAAAGGAAGUGCUUUCUUUCGUUGUUUCCGAAGAGCUGCCAGAAACGCUGGGCGCCAAGAUGUGCAUCGUGGAGUCACGCAAAGAUGCCAUCACCACUUGCUGGGUCGAGUUGCGUAAAGCCGAUGCUGGUCAGGCGGAGAUAUGUGCCAACAUUACAUCCCCCAGGAUUUACAUCGCCAAAGACUCGGAGCAGUGCGAUCGGGAGGUGGCCCUCAAGCUUGAGGACACAAAGCACCCACAGCUGAUUUACGAGGCAAAGCUGCUCAAGUUGCUGCAGGGGUCGCCCGGUGUCGCAGAGAUUUUCUUCUUCGGAUUUGAAGAGGACUUCGCGGUCAUGGCCAUGGAGCUGAUGGGACCCUCACUGGAAGAUGUCUUCAACCUUUGCAAGCGCAAGCUGUCUCUCAAGUCGACCCUUAUGCUGGCUGACCAGCUGCUUCUUCGGAUUGAGCAUUUCCACCGACGCCACUACAUCCACCGGGACAUCAAACCGGACAAUUUUUUGAUUGGCCGCGGGCAGAAGUCAAACCUCGUGUACAUAAUUGACUUCGGAUUGGCUAAGAAGUACAGGAACCCGGAGACUCUGGUCCAUGGGCCGUAUCGGGAAAACAAGAACUUGACAGGCACGGCUCGCUAUGCUUCGUUGAACGCGCACCUGGGCAUUGAGCAGAGCCGCCGUGACGAUUUAGAAGCCAUCGGCUUUGUGUUGGUCUACUUCCUCAAGGGCUCCUUGCCUUGGCAAGGCAUCAAGGCUGAGGGCAAGCAUGACAAGUAUGCUGCGAUCAUGGAGAUGAAAAUUAAAAUGACUUUUGCAGAGCUAUGCCAAGGCCUGCCGGAGGAGUUUGCGACUUUCCUCAGCUACGCCCGACUCCUGGCGUUUGACGAAGAUCCUGACUAUCGAUACAUGCGCUGGCUCUUCAAAAGCCUAUACCAUCGUGAGGGCUUUCGCAAUGAUGGCUGCUUCGACUGGAAUGUCGUUAGAGCCCGGCCUCCAUCGGAGGUGGCAGAGCGUCGUGAGGCACGUCUUCGGAGAAUGAGCGCGAGUUUGGCGGCAAGCCAGCCUUCAGAUCGUGGCGCGGAAGAUGUCGUUCUCUCCUUCAGGUAUUUUGAGAUCCAAGAUGAGUCUUCGCAAAUCAUCUCUGCGCAGGUCGAUGCGAAGCCCGGAGAUAUGGUCAUGGACUAUUGCGCGGGAAGCGGCGGCAAGGCUCCAGUCAGAUUUGUAUCAUUCUCGUCGGUUGUCGUUGUUGUCAGCGCAGACUCCGGCAGGCGCUUUGCAUCGCUCCGCCAAUGCUCAAUCGAGGGCAGGCCACAGCAUGAGAACUUGCCAUUUGCUGCUCUCUGGGUCUCCGGCAUCACUAUAGCACCCAUUGCUGCAGAGUUCGAGAAUUGUGCUUCUUUGCAGCUGAUCUUGCCAGGAGAACCGACAGAUGCGGAUGCUCCGAGAUAUGGUGAAGGGCCAUCAUUGAUGCCCCCAAUGGGUGAAGAGGAGAACGACGAGCAAGAGUCCGAAUCCGAGGAUGAAUCUAUGCCUCAAUUGCCUGCUGGCGGAAUGUUUACCGUCAUGAUGUUUGGAAUGACAGGAGCUGGUAAGAGUGCAAUUGGCAAUCUUCUGGCUGGCUGCGAAGCCUUUGCAUCUGGAGAUGAUACAGCCAGUGUGACCAACUUGGAUUCUGUCAUGAGAUUCCAAGCACACGAUGACUCUUUCAUCGUCUUGGAUACGAUUGGACUUGGAGACACUGAGAUCGAUCAGGACAAGGUUGUUUCAAGCAUCCGUGACGUAGCACUGUCGGCAGUCAACGGGGUGGACGCCAUGUGUUUUGUGAUGCGAAAUGCACGCAUCACUGAUGACGCCAUCGCGCGACUGAUUUAUGUGACAGAGUUUUUGUGGGGCACAGAAUGCUUGCUGAACCUUUACGUGGUCGUCACUUUUGCAAGCCGGUAUCUUGCAAGCCGGGAAGAUGCAAACCAGUGGAUCGAGAGACAAGUGGAGUUGAACUGGCGGUUCAAGCACAUCUAUGACCUGGUUGGCCAGAAUCCAUACAGGUUCAUCUUCAUUGACAACCCAAGUAUAGAUUCAGGGGAGCCAAAUGUAGAGGAGCGCCAGGCAGCUAGCAAACGGGCGUUGAUGACAGCGUUUACGCAGCAUCCUCGUGAUGUCAUCCCCCCUUUCACCCAUGCGGUCAUGCAGAAAGCCAAGCAGUUGGUGGCUGAAGAAGCAGCGGAAAUGGAGAAGGCAGCUGCUAAAGUGCAAGAAGUUUGUCAGAAGAAAAAGAAGAAGCGAAGGAGAAGCCGACCUCAAGCCGCACGUGCUCAGAGCAACGAAAGCGCCAACAUGGAGAAUGCUGAGGUGGUCAAGGAAGCUUUAGAGGAGAGGAAGAAGGCACAGGAAAACCUGCAUCAGGCCCUGAUUAAGGUAAAGACUGAUGCGGACUUUCAACGCGAAGUUGCCAAAGAGGCUGAGCUGGCAACGCUGCGCUUUGGCCAGGCGUACCAGAACCAACUCGAGGCGACAGACCUGGCACAGCCUUCCCCCACUGCGUCGACUUCCAGCAGCAGUGCCAACAGUGGGAACCCGGUCCAGGCAUGCAAGCGCAUGUUCAUCUCGCUGGUAAACAAGAUGGGAGGGAAAGGCAGGGUUCCCAUGGUUCCCGCAAGUAGCUCGAAAGACUCCAAAGGGUCGAAAGGGACGGGUCGUCCCCUACAGAGGAAUCCAAAGAAGAGAAUCACAGCAGAUGAGAUUCAGAGUGCCUUGGACAGUGCGAUCUUCCAGUUGAAGAUGAGCGUGCGGGGCCAGGCGCCCCUUGCAGUCUUCAAGCAGCUGGACUCGAAACAGAACGGCAUGGUGACGCCCAUGGAGUUCUCCAAGUUUGUGCAGAGGACGGUGCAGGGGAUGAGCAAAGCGCAAGUUGGCGGUUUGUGGCGGCUGGCCGAUCGAAAUUGUGAUGGCAAGCUUGACUUUCAAGAAUUCUGUGACCUUUUGGCUUUUCGGCCCUAG